UCCAAUAUUGCCUAACUAAUUCCAUAUUCUCUUCCCAAACGCCGUUUAAUUUUCUCAAAUGGGUAGCUUGCCAUCAGACAUAAUUAGCCCAUUGGACCCCGAUAAUUUUCUUUAUGAAUCAUCCCAAGUCCUCCAAUUCAUCGCCGAUUACUACAGAGACGUCGAAAAAUUCCCCGUCCAAAGCCAAGUCCAGCCCGGCUAUCUCAGAAGCCUCUCUCCAAAAGCCGCCCCUCUCUUUCCGGAGCAGCUGGAAGCCAUUUUGGCCGACGUCCAAAGCAACAUAUUGCCGGGCCUUACUCACUGGCAGAGCCCCAACUUCUUCGCUUACUUCCAGGCCAAUGCCAGCACCGCGGGCUUCCUCGGAGAGAUGCUUUGCACCGGCCUCAACGUUGUCGGCUUCAACUGGAUCGCUUCCCCUGCCGCCACCGAGCUUGAGAACAUCGUCGUGGAUUGGGUAGGCAAAAUGCUCAAUCUGCCACAGACGUUUCUCUUCUCCGGCACCGGUGGAGGCGUGUUGUACGGAAGUACAUGCGAGGCCCUGGUCUGCACUUUGGCGGCUGCGAGAGAUAUGGCUUUGAAAGAAAUGGGUGCCAAUGGGAUCACCGAAUUGGUGGUCUAUUCCUCGGAUCAAACGCAUUUCAGCCUCCAGAAGGCGGCUAAACUUGUCGGAAUUCUUCCCAACAACAUCCGUAUGAUCCCGACGUCGCGGUCUACAAGCUUCGCGCUGGAACCGAGCGAGGUCCGGUCGGCGAUGGAGAAGGAUUCUGCUCGUGGGUUGGCGCCGUUGUUUCUCUGCGCCACCAUUGGAACCACAUCAUCUGGGGCAGUGGAUCCGUUGAAGGAACUCGGCCAGGUAGCACAAGAUUUUAAUGUCUGGCUGCACGUCGACGCCGCCUACGCCGGCAGCGCUUGUAUUUGCCCGGAGUUCCAGCAAUAUCUGGAUGGCGUGGAACUCGCAGACUCUCUAAGCAUCAACCCCCACAAAUGGCUGCUCACGAACAUGGAUUGCUGCUGCUUAUCGCUGCAAAAUCCAACCACAUUGAUAGACUCCUUAGGAACAAGUCCCGAGUGUUUGAAGAACAAAGCUAGCGAAUUGAACCAAGUCGUCGACUACAAAGACUGGCAAAUCGCACUAAGCCGGAGAUUUCGAGCCCUAAAGCUCUGGGUAUUGAUAAGAAGAUACGGGGUGGCCAACCUGAGGGAUCAUAUAAGAAGCGACGUGAAGCUGGCGAAGCUUUUCGAGGCGUUCGUGAGAGCGGAUAAGAGGUUUGAGGUGGCUGUUCCGAGGAGGUUUGCUCUGGUUUGCUUUCGACUCGUCAAUGGCGGCGAAAGUGAAAAAGAAGAAGAUGAUGAUGAUGAUGAAGGGUCGAGAUUGAGCAGAAAGCUGCUAGAAAUGGUGAAUUCGAGUGGCCGAGCUUACAUGAGCCAUGCAGUGGUGGGUGGAAAGUUUCUGAUACGCUGCGCCAUUGGAGGGACUUUGACGGAGGAACGCCACGUGGUUGGGUUGUGGAAGUUGAUCCAAGAGAAAGCAGCUCUCUUGCUAAAGACAUGACCAUGAACAUAAUAAUACUUAAGGCUAAAUAAAAUAUGACCUGGGUCAGUUAAUUAAUUAACAGGAACAAAUUUAUAAUUUUAUUUAUGUUUGCUUAUUUAUUAGUAUAAAAUAAGCUGUGACAAAAUUGCCAGUUUUCCUUGUUAAAUCGUUGUUUCGUAUGUAAAUUCGAAAGUCGGUCAAAUUUAGUAUCAAAAUGAUGUGUUAACGUUGGAUUUCAUGGUUUCAUAAUAAAUGAUU